AUGAAUGAUUCGUUUAACAUAAAUACGAAGUUGCGUCGCGGCCUCCCACAGUAUCGCCACGAGCGUGCCGACAUGUUGAUCAUAGUGCUGCUCAUCGUCGCGUGUGCCAUUGUCGUCGCUUUGUACCAGAAGCAAACCAAUGGCGUGUGCCAGUCCCGACGGCGACUGGACGGGCGCACGGCAAUCGUGACCGGCGGCACCAGCGGCAUGGGGCUGCACAUCGCCGAGGAGCUGGCGCGCCGCGGGGCCCGCGUCAUCGUGGCCUGCCCCUUCCCCGCGGAGGGCGCCGCCGGCCUUGCGCAUGUCCGGAGCCGCUCCGGGAACGAUGAUGUCGUCUUCAAGCUGCUCGACCUGGGCUCGUUGGAGUCGGUGCGCGCGUUCGCCACCCACGUGCUCGCCACCGAGCAGCGCCUGGACAUCCUCGUCAACAACGCCGGUGUCGGCGUCCCAGGCGACUUCCUCACGCGAGACGGCUUAAGUUUCAUAAUGCAAGUCAACUACUUCGGGACUUUCCAGCUGACUCUGCUGCUCCUGCCGCUGCUGAUCAAGUCCGGCUCCCCCGAGGAUCCGAGCCGCAUUGUGAACACUUCCUCGAUAGCCCACUGGAUCGGGACCGCGGACAUGAAGCGGUUGACCGGUGCUGGCCACUACUGGCCUACCGUGAGGGUCUACGCGAACAGCAAGCUCUGUCUCGUGCUGUUCACGCACGAGCUCGCAAAGCGGCUGAGGGGCACUAGCGUAGUCGUGAACUGCGUGGACCCGGGCGCCGUGGGCACCAGGAUCUUCGAGUCGCUGAACAAGUUGGUCGGCAUAGUGUUGAAUGUCGCGGUGCAGUGCUUGUUCAAGACGGCGCGUCAGGGCGCGCAGACGGCUCUGCACGUGGCGCUGGACGAGGCCGCGGGGAGGGUGUCCGGCCAGCUGUUCAAGAACUGCGCCGUGUCCCGCGGGGUCGCGCGCGCCUACCGCGACGACGCCGCGCUGCAGCUCUGGGACGAGUCGGCCCGGCUGGUCCACUUGACCCCCGCUCACAUCGAAAAGUGCUUCCUCAGCUCGUAAUUUUAAUUAAUUAAUUUACAACAUAGGUCGUAAUGUAUAUUAUUAUGUAUGUAUGAGGUUUCUAUUUUUCUUUGUUUAAAAUGUAAUUAAACAAAAUCAUUACCAUGUAAUUAACCUAUGUGAACCCGUUCGAUUUCCUGCCUAUAUCGACUGACUCGGAGGUGCAGCAGUUAGUGCCCCUGAUGGGCCGAGGGUCAUGGAUUCGACAUGGGCCAACGUUCAUGUGAUGAACAUGUUUGUUUACCCCUUGUCUGGGUGUUUCCCUUCUGUAAAUGUAUGAAUGUACAUCUGUAUAUAUUUAAACGUAUAUAAAUAUCAUUCUCUGGUUCCCAUAGCACAGGAAAUCUCAGCUCGGGGACAGAUAGCCGAGUGUGACUUGUCAGCAAUUAUUCUUACCAUUUCUAAUUAGAUUUGAACUCUACCAAGGUCGGCUAUUUUUAUAGAACCAGGUACAAGCAUGUGCCUAGUAAUCUGAUUCCUUGUGAAAUGUUAAGUGAUUGAGUUCGCUUGUGUGUCGGCGUGUGCUAGGGAGUGCUUUAAUGGGAACAUAGUUGUAUUUAAAAACCGUCGGACUAGUGAGCGGGCGUCUAUAACGACAGAUAUCUGUACUGGUGCAGCAUACAGCAUACACAGGACAGAGUACAGGGACAGAGUAGAGGAUACAGAGAUACAGAGUGUCACAAAAUUCAACGUUAACCUGUACUAAUGUACCGGGCGAGACGCCAAGUUAAUACUAGUUCAAGAAAAUAUGUUGACCAAAGUUAUGAACGAUAGCGACCCGCCCUCGCUUCGCUUCGGAAACAUUAAAACACACAUGAAACCAAAAAAAUAAAAUAAAAAUAAAAUUAAAAAAAGUAGCCUAUGUUC